AUGCCGAUGAUCGAGGUGCUAGCGAACGAUAGGUUGGGCCGCAAAGUGCGAGUCAAGUGUUCACCAGAAGACACGAUUGGCGACCUGAAAAAGUUGAUCGCCGCUCAGACCGGCACACCUCCACAAAAGAUCAUCCUCAAAAAAUGGUAUACAGUCUACAAAGACCACAUCACCUUGGCCGACUACGAGAUCGCCGAUGGCUUCUCGUUCGAGAUGCACUAG